AACCCGCUCUUCGGCCUCCGGCCCUGGACCCUCCCGCGCUGCAGAGUCCUCCAGUCAGGGGGCCGCGGACCCCAGGGCUCAGGAGGACUGAACCAGGACACAGCCGGAGUUGCCGCGGGGCCUUCCGAUCCCCGCGACCAUCUCCCAAGUCUGGCCAAGCUGAUGGGACCAACAAGGAGGCCUUGCACCUUGACGUUGAGAAGCUGAAGGAGAAGAGGGACAUGCUGGACAAGGAGAUAUCCCAGCUACUGGCUGAAGGCUACCAUGUGGAUGAACUGGAGGCGCACAUCUCAAAGCUGCACGAGUACAACGACAUCAAGGAUGUGGGGCAGAUGCUGCUGGGCAAGCUGGCUGUGAUCCGAGGUGUCACCACCAAAGAGCUGUACCCAGAAUUCGAUCUGGACAUGGAUGACUGAGCUGAGUCUCGAGGCCCACGAGGACAGGCCAUGUGGAUGUGAGAAGCUGUGAGAGCUGCCCAACACCCUGUGGAGUUUGCCAUGAGGAAGUGCAGGCAGCCCUCUUCUGAAGUGCCUGGACUCAGGAGGGCGCCCAGAGGAGAGGGCGGAGAAGAGGAGGGUCACUGAGUUCAAGGUUACUGAAGUGCACCACUCCAGCGGCAUGUGGCCCUCUGUGUCCUGUCUGUUAAUAAACAUUGGCAUCAUCUCAGUACA